GGAGUAGUCAUGUCUGUCGAUUGGCAAAACCACUCGCGAUGAACUGGAACUCGACAACACCGCGAGGAAGCAAAGAUGUACUGUGUGUGCACGGAUAUGACAAGAGGGGACGUGGCAGGCUGCUAAACACCAUGCAAUCUUUAUUUAUCCACGACUUGACGCCCAACCUUUCCCAUCGAAACUUGAAGGCUGCGUUGACAAUGGCGAUGACUUGGACGCCUAUGGCGUGGAUUUUGACAGGUUUCUUAUCAAGGAUGUCUUGGAGUGCUUGAAACGCAUGACUAUCAGCGAACCCGUGCGUAGUCCAUAGUCUGAUACCUGUUCUGCGAGCGCUCACAAUGAAUGACUCGAACUCUGUCCUAUUAAUUCAUUCUCGCUUUUGUUAGCCCCUAGCGCUCAAGGUAUGAGAAUUCCACAAUUAGUCUGAAUCUCUGUAUCGACAGUAUC